AUGAAGACUGCGCCACGGGACCUUGAGGAGCAGCUACACUGUAAGCAGCACAACAACCACGACUCGACGGACACCUCCCCGGUGGAGGAGGAGGGACCCUACACAACGACCACUACCCCAACAGAGACGAGGAAGGCUUCGCUGAGCCUGGACGAGCUCAGGAAGCCGCUGAAGACGAUAGAGAAGCGGAUGAAGAAGAAGGGCACCCAGAAGACGAGCGCCGCGAUGGAGAUGAUGAGACGUGAGAGACGGCCAUCCAUCGACUGGGCCUUCUGGUGGUCCGCCGCUGCCCGGUCCGCUUGCAUGCCACCGGCGGUCAAGAAUGAAGGAGAAGAGGGCGCCUUCAACACUCCGGACCGAAGAGUUGAGCCCAGCGGCGCGGUGCAAUGGACGGCGAAGCAGCUCGACCACAUCAUCAACAACUCUCCCUUCUUUGUUCCCGAGUACCCUGCCCAGCGCCUACGAUGA